CGUGACCCGAACCGGAAGCCCACGUCUGGUCGCCCCGGCAAUAGCCCCUCCCACUCACGUCCCCUCUGCCGCCCCACGGGAAGUAGGCCCCUGCUAGCCCAUCGCCCAGGAUCAGCAAGCUACGCGCCCACGAGACCACGGUCACCACGGUCGAGCCCAGGUGCCAGCCGGCCUGUAGUGGGUAAGUUGUGUGGAGAGGAGGCGCUCUGAGGAACUGCUUUGGAAACCCCAAAAUAGCCAUGAACGUCACACACCUGUGCUAACCAGACCUUUGCACUGUGCUUGUUCUCUCCUAGUUUGGGUGUCCAUUUGGAGUCUCACAAUCAGAGAUGGAAGCAGAGGAGGCAUCAUCGAAACCUACCGAGUGUUGGUCUUCUCAUCCCAUAUAUGCGAGAUACUGGCAACAUUAUUAUCAAGCAAUGGCUUGGAUGCGAAGCCACCAGAAUGCCUAUCGGAAGGCCAUGGAGUCCUAUGUCAGCUCCCCAUGGUACUUGGGUCCCCCAGCUUUUCCCCAGGGCUCUUAUGCCGAAGACGGCCAGCCUCCUCAGUCCCUCUAUGACCAUCCGUCGGCCUCCCAGCACGCCCCCUGCGGUUAUUCCCAGGCUCCGCCGUGUGGGCAGCAUCCGCAGGGCAGCGCAGGAGAUGACCAAGCUGGGGACGCAGACGAGAUGGAGAGCGAGUCAGACGACGACGACGACGAAGUAGAGUGCGACCUGAGCAACAUGGAGAUCACGGAGGAGCUCCGCCAGUACUUCGCGGAGACCGAGCGGCACCGGGAGGAGCGGCGGCGGCAGCAGCAGCUGGACGAGGCGCGCCUGCAGGACUACGUGAACGCCGACCAUGACCUGUACUACAACACACACCGCUCGGUGGAGGCCCCAUCCGAGGGGCCCAGUGAACGGCGCCAGGCCGAGAUGAAGCGCUUGUACGGGGAAGACGCCGCCAAGAUCCUGGCCAUGGAGGCUGCCGUGCAGCUGAGCUUUGACAAGUACUUUGACCGAAAGCGGCCCAAAUACUGGCCGGUCAUCCCACUGAAGUUCUGAGCCCUGGGGCCUGGGCCCUCAGUCAUCACCCUCUUCUUUUGGGAUUUGCUCUCUUCAUUUCCUACUGUGUGUUUUCUUGGGGAAGGGGGACUUUAUACUGAAAAAUCGGCACGUUCACCAGAGUCUGAGGGGCCCAUCACAGGGGUGGAUGGAAUAUGUCAGCCACUUGGAAGCGGCAGGGCGCACACUUUUACCAACAUGAGAUUUUCUUUUGACCUCAGAUGAAAUACUUUUUUGUGUUAACAGUAGUGUUCAGUUCACUCAAGUUCUCACUUAGAGAUACUGCUUAGUUUUCUAUCUUUUUCUGUUUUCUUCUAUCUUGAACCCCACUGAACUAGGCAGAUGCCUUAAAUAAGUGCUCUCCCACUCAGACUGCUUGAGCCCCACUGAGAAUGAUUCAAGCAUGUGGCGAGACAAAUCCCACUUCUCUCCCAUGCACAGGUCAGCAUGCAUGUCCUAUAAAGGGCAGCAAGUUUAUGUUUUUGGCUUUGCAGGCCACACGGUCUGUGUCAUGACUACUCAGUUCCACCCUUGCAGCAUGAAAGCAGCCAUAGAGGGUAAGUAAAUAAAUGGGUGUGGCUGUGUUCCAAUAAUUUUUUUUUUAUAAAAACAGGCCCGUGGGCUAGAUUUGGCCUAUCGGCAGUAGUUGGGACCCCUGCUCUAAUGGAAUGAAAAUAACAGUCUGACAUUUUUGUUACCGCCUCAUCCCCACAGACUUUGAAUGUCAAACAGAUGUGAGAGUAAAGAACAGUGAUUCCCAAACCUGCUCACCUCUCUGCAGUCUCCUUUGUUGUAUAAAAGGUAUAACUGACCUCUUUGUAUAGCAAAUUCUGUUUUAAUAAGAGAAUACAUUUCUGAGAAUGAAAAUCUGAAAAUUGAUGGAACAGUCCAUUUUAAAAAGCCAGCUGCCUUUUAAAUAAGUUAUUACAGUGCGGUGCCAGGGUGAGCCUUGUUGUCCUGAGAAGAUUAGCACAUCCAUCAAAGGUUGGUGAAAAGAUUUAGUAUUGACAUGUUUUUCCCUAAGAACACUUAGCUCCACAUUUCAGCCCCUGCCCUGUGACAAAUGCAUUACUUUCAUCAGCCCCAGGUGCUUAUUUUUCCAAGCUCUCGUGUUAUUACUGGAGUUGCAAUUUGUGCUUGGGUAUUGCAGACAAAAAUGAGAAUUAACUUCCCCUGAGGUGACACAUGACUAAAAUCUCAAAUCUUUAGUAGUUCUCUUUAUUUUAAACUCAUAUGCCUAAGUAGAAAACAGAUGUGAUCCAGGCACGAAUACAAACGAAAGCCGGUAAUUGCAGCAGGUUCUUAGCUGUUUGAGAGAGAAAUGUUUCUCGUUGCAAAGGACUCUCCUACCUUUCCCCAAAGACACCUCCAUGUGGGUCCCAGUCCUGAUGGCUUUGUGACUGUGGACUGUGGGAGUUCCUUCCACCUCUCACUUGCUUCUGUGUUCACUGCUCUUGAAGUGGGUAUUAAUGCAUCCCUCACGUGGGAUGCUUGUGAGGGCCACGUUGAGUUAGUGCCUGUAAAACACACAGUGCUGGCCACUCGGUACAUGUUGACAUUUACUCCGUCUUUCAAAAUUGCCAAGGAGAGCCAGUGAAAAUCCCAGAUAUGAAACUUCUUCCAAAUAUGGAGAAAUGUUUCCCUGUCAGCUCUUCAAAUGGAUGCAUUGGCUUCUUUUAUCUCAUUCCUACCUGCCCUUCCCAAGAUGCCUCAUGGAUAAUUUGUGAUAGGAGGGAUUUAUGACUUGUUCAUUCAUUUAUUCAGCAAAUAUUUGACUCCUUUCCAUUCCACUUAACCAAACCAUAGUCUCUUUCCCCAGGGAACUUGUGUUCUAGGAGGAUAGGCAGACAGGUGUGCAAUGAUAAUUGCGAUUCGUGCACUGCAAGAGCAUGUGAGAGAGAUGAGGCCGGGCCUUCUCAGCCUCAGCACUAUUGACAUCUGGGGCCAGAUCACUCUUUGUUUUUGGAAAAUAGUAUGGAUGCAUACAUAUGUACUAAAAUUGAGAUACUUGCAUGCAAAUGAUGCGCGCACACACACCAGCUUCACAAUAAUGGUUCUAAGCAGGGAAAAAAUUGGAGUGCCAUUCAAAAGGGGUUUUUCUGUCUCACUGAUUUUAAUUUCUUUAUAACAGAAAAGCUAUGGUAGGCACCCAGUUUUGCUAGAGGCCCCCAAGUUCAUCUAUUCUGACACAAAAUAGUGUAUUUUUCACUUCUAGGGUUAACUGUUACAUGAAAUAUUUAUUCAUCAAACAUUUACUUAAGGAUUACUAUAGGACAUACACUCUUCAAGUAGCUUUACAAAUAUUAAUUUCUUUAGGAAUCAACCUAUGACAAACCUAUUAAGUAAUUAUUACAGGUAUACAACCUGUUUUCCAAAACACUUAGGUCAGGUGUGUUCCAGAAUUCAGACGUACUUUUAAUUCCAUUCAGGGCAGGUUUUGUCAUCAAAUCCUUAGAGUCAAAUCAGGUUUGGCUGCCAAACAAAUUGUUGUAAACAAAAUAAAAACAAAACAACAACAAAAACAGCUUCCAGUUUCCAGAGCGUUGGGGAUUUCAGAAAAGGAGUGAAGGAAUAUUCCCGUUUUGCAGAUUAGGAAACUGAAGCACAGAGAAAUUAGCCAAUUUAACCAGGUUCACUUUCAGUGGUGAAAGUGUGUCAAACCCAGACAAUCUGACUCCUAAACUCCCCACUUUUAGCUGCUUCGCCCUGCUGAACUUGGCCUCCACAACCAUACUUACAAUAUAUGUAAAGCACAAUGUAUCCAAAGCACAGCACAGCGAACAAUCUGAAGCCUCUUACAGCCCUCAGCAGGAUUCCAGUGUAUUCCAUGCUGGAGCAUGGGGUUAGGUUCUAGUCCUAGCUUGGUUUGAGAGUGUUUGACUCCGGAUAAUGCAUUUGUACUCUGUCCAAAUUUCAGAACUGAGGCUAUAGCCGUGAGAAGAAGAGGGGACACACCUGAGAUAUUGAGGAAAUAGACAUUCCCGUGGCUUGGCAGUUUGGGGUAGGUGAGGAAAAAUCGAGGAUGGCUCAGGUUUCUGUCUUGGAUGGUGGUUCUAGUCAUUGAGGUAAAUAAAGAAAACAAUGAAAAACCUGUUUGGGAAGAAGGAUAAUUAAUUCUGUUUGGGACACUGAGUUUGUAGAGUUCACAGGACAUCUUGUGAUAUUCUGUCAGUCACUGGAUAUUUGGGUUUGGAACUCCGUGGAGAGGGUCUGCAUCAAAAAUACA